CAGCUCAAUUUGCAUAUUUCAGACCUAAACAUUACACAAAAAAUAACUGCUAACUGCAGGGAACCGCAGGAAAAUGGUAUCUGACUCGGACCUAAUCACGCGCCUGCACGAGUUCCUUAGCGCGUCUGACCUGAAUACAACGACCACCGCCAUUGUGCGGCGGCGACUCGAGGAUGAUUUCGGCCUCGAUUUGUCCGACAGAAAGGCUUUCAUUAGAGAGCAGGUGGAUUUAUACGUUCAGAGCCAGGUUGAAAACGCAGUAGAAAAUGAAGAAAAUAGUAAAGAAGACAGUGAUGGUGGAGACGGAGAUGCAGCGGAGGAAGAAGAAGAGGUGGAGGAGGAAGAGGAAGAAGAAGAAGAAGAAUCGACAACAGGAAAAACCGCCUCUAAAAAAGGAUCAAAAAUGAAGAAGAAAGAGGUCAAGAGAAGGGGUGGCGGCGGUGGCUUUACAAAACUAUGCAGCCUUUCUCCUCAUCUUCAGAAAUUUACAGGGGUACAAGAAUUGGCUAGAACUGAGGUAGUGAAGCAACUGUGGAGCUAUAUUAGAGAAAAUAAUUUGCAGGAUCCUUCCAAUAGGCGGAAUAUAUUAUGCGAUGAUAAACUGCAUGACCUUUUUGGUGUAGAUACCAUAAAUAUGUUCCAAAUGAACAAGGCCCUUGCAAAGCACAUCUGGCCCUUGGAAUCCAAUGGUGGUAAUGUUUCUAUAAUGCUUGAUCUUUAUUAUUUUGAGCGUCUAAUUUUCCAUUUGACAAUUGUUUUGGCUGCCAAUUCCUUGCUGGUAUGUGGCAAUUUCAGUUUUUAGGUACAUUAAAAUUUAGGGAAAAUUGCUGCUAUGGUACCAAACCUUUCACUUUUAUGUUGACUUGACCUAAACCUUUACUUUGUGGUGCCCAUGGUAGCAAACCUUUUAGAAAUUCGCACUUGAAGUCCAAAUUGAUGGAAAUCGUUAGUUUUACCGUCUUUUUGACUAAAGAAUUGACACUGACCAUAAUUUUGACUAAUUUAAAAAGGAUAAAAUUGUAACUUUACAUUUUUCAAUAAAAAAAACACAAUUAUAAUAUAAUAUAUUGAUAAUUAAAUAAAAAAAAAUCAAACCCAAAAAUACCCCACCCCCACCCAUCCCCUUCUUCCCCACACUUAUCCCAAAACUACUAAUAGCAGCGCUGGCAUCGAAGCCAUCGCCACCCAUCAUACGUUGGUGCCACGGCUCCUUCCACCCCACUCCCUACCUCCGAAAAAUGUUGAGAUUUUCUCACCCACCACCAAAAUCAUUGAAACCUACCAAAACCCCACCCACCAAGCAUCAUUGCUACCAAAAUCGCCAUUGACAGCAACGUUCAAUAAAUGGGGCGUUUGGGUUUCUCUGUUUUUGUGAUUGGGUGGACUAGAAUAGCAUUAAAACCUAUGAAUCUUCUGCAUAGAUGAACAAGGUUAAAUCUCCUGAACAAUAGGUAGAACUCCCUAGAAUAAAUCAAUGAGAAAAGGGAAAAAGGAGCAAGAAAUGAGAAUUGAUUGGACCAUGCUGCAUGUUAACAAUUGUGAUGAAAAUAGUUGUGGGUUGCAUCAAAUUAUUGUCAUUUCUGGAUCUGCACAAUGUCACUUGAAUCGAUUGAAAAUGGGGCGGGAUUGAAUAUUGUGGAGGUGAUUGCUCAGGUCGAUUGGGUUGUUGGCGAUUUUGGUAUUUUUGACCUUGUUUCCCACAAAGCAUUUGUUACAGUCAAGUGGUAAAUUUUGGCAGUGGGGCGUGGUGUUGGAAGGAGCCGUGGUACCGACUUGGGAUAGGUAGUGGUGGCACAGCACAACUGUUAAUGGUUUUGGGAUAAUGGUGGAGAAGAAGGGGAUGGGUGGAGUCUAUGAUGCUUGGACUUGGGUAUGGGGGUACGGGUACGUAUUUAAGUGUCGGAUAUUUUAUUUUCUAAAAUAUAGAAUAUGAAGACAUGGUUAAAAAGAGUCUAAAUUUCAGAUACAGGUAUUUGAAUACGUCUUUCAAGCUUCAAUUUUUUAACUAACCCAAGAUGUCAUUUUGAAUAGACAAAAAUUAAUUGUUCACAAAGAAGGAAAUGAGUAUUGAAUAGAGGUUAAGACGAAUAAAAUAAAAUUUUGAGGUUUAGUUUUCAAUUAUGAGAAGUUAAUUAUUAAGAUGUUAUGCAAAAUAAAAAAUGAGGGACUUGAUUGCAAUUUGAAUUUAAUGAAACAUUAAGUAGUACUAUAUGUAACCCAUUUUCAUUUUAUACAAACAAAAUCCUAAACCACUGAUACAGAUAGGGAAAUAAGGAAAAAAAAGGCAAGAAAAAAGAAAGAAUAAGAAGGGAAAACCUAGCGCCGUAGCCUUUCUCUACCCUCUCGGAAAGAAAAGGAAAAUAAAAAAGAAAGAAGAAGCAGAAACAGCAAAGCUUCCUGUUGAAACUUGGAGGAUCCGACACAUAUUUCAUACACAUACCCGUGUCGGAUUUCAAAGAGUCCAAGCAUCACAGGAUGGAGUGAUUUUUGGUUUUUUGUUUUAAUUUAAUUAUCAAUAUAUUAUAUUAUAAUUGUAUUUUUAUUGAAAAAUGUAAAGUUAUACUUUUAUCCUUUUUAAAUUAGUCAAAUUUAUUGUCAAUGUCAAUUCUUUUC